AUGUCUCCAAUGGGGGGUUCCCAAGAUGCUGACAAUGAUAUCAAUCCUUUCCUGUCAGAACCCAUUAUCUGGCCUACCCCAACAGUUUGGUCAGACAUCUCCCUCAGUACAGCUGCCAUGCUGACUCGCACCCAUGGUUUGGCUCCAUCUUUGGCUCUGGAUAGGUUGGGCUUCAAAGCUACAGAGAGUUUCAUUACCAUCAACAAUACUUCCAAGAUUGUUCCACCUUCUGAUAUGUCAUUGAUUACUUGUCCAGAGUCACCCACUCCUUGUCAUGCCACUUCCAGCCCUUUGCAAGGACAUGAUCAGCCAUCACCUCUACCCUCUCAAGAAAACAUGCUCAGUGUCAAGACUGAUGGGCAUGAUGGGGAUGGCAACGACAGUCUAUAUACUUGUGGGAGGUUGCCAGCCACCACUAUAGAUGAAUUCAAUGAGGGCUUUCAGCAGGUCAACAAAAUAUUCAGCAAGCUUGGGGAAAGUCAAGGAAUGCCAUGGCAACAAGUCAAGGACUGCUACAAUCACCAAUAUUCUCACUCAAACAUGCAAAAUCUUUGGAAUGUGUACUCAGUGUAUUUUGCAAAGAACCCAGAAUCUGAACUUGCCCAGCUCCCUCAGGGCGACCACACAAUCAAAGGGAGCCCCUCCAUAGAUAUUAGGAAGCAGUGUUAUGCAUGUUUCAAAGAAGUAUACUCAGAAAACUACAUUGACAUCCUGGAAACAUGGAAGGAGUCAGAAGAACUGCAAGAUUUAGGUGGAACAGUCUCUCAGUGUCAGCAACUUUUCAACAAGUCCAUGAAGAAUCUAGAUCACAUUUUCACCAGACUCUCAAAAGCACAUGGGAUUGAAGGCAUGUACAUGUUGGCUGGGAAGAUUGUGAACCAAGAUGUUGGACUUGCCCAUGCCUUCACUACAGCAGGUGCCAAAGGAUUCUUUUGUUCUCAUUGUCAUGCAGAUACCAAUGAAAUCAUCAGGCAUUUCAAGGCACAUAUAUACAACAAGGUGUCUCUUGAUAGUUUGGCUGAAGUCUUCAAAGACUACACCAAAGAAGCUAAGGAGGUAGUUGCUUGCAGAGGAAAAGGGAAACAAUGUGCUGUCAAUUUCAAGAAGGAUCAGUCUGAUGAUGAAGUCAAGAUUAUUGAAAAUAUCAAACAACAUCUUCGAAAGCUUAUCAAAAACUUUGGAUUCAAAUGGGCAUCCCAAAAGCUAUUUCCCUGGAAGUCUCUCCCAAAUCAGCUGGCAGGCAGUGCACUCGUCAUGUAUAACUGGCCAGCAGAUGUUAUCCUCCCAGUGAAAGCAAACUCUGCAUCCAGCACAACCCCAAAAAUAAAAAAGACUAAGCUGAAGAAGGCCACACCUGCCAGAGGUGAUGUCAAGAAGGGAAACUUGGCCGCCAUCAACACUUCUGACAGCAUCGAAGAGGUUCCUGUGGCCAAGCCUGGUACUUCCACCACCACCUCUGGGAUGCAGCUUGACAGUGAGAUGGAUAUAGACAAUGGUGAGGUUGAAAGGAAUGGUGCUGAGGACAGUGACUCUGACUAUGCACAAGAACCAUUGUCAUUUUGCCAGACACUUCUGGGAUGUCCUAUGGCAUUCUCAACAACUUAUCUGAUGCUCCUGGAACUGUCAGGUGGCAAUAGUGCUCACUCACACAAUACUCCUGGAGUGAAAGGCAAUAGUUUUAGAGCCCUGAAAUUGGUUAUGCCAGCUGCAAGAAGCCUGGAUACUUGUGAUGCCACCAACCUUUUUACUGGACAGGGUGAUGGACCAACUGCCCCCUCAGACAUGGACUUCUUCUCCCAUUGUAUGAGCAACACCACCACUGGAUUGGGUUCAUUGAUUCCACAGCCAUCCCACUUAGAACCCCCAGCAAUCUAUGUCAAUCCACUGAUGACAAGUCAAGCAGAGCGCCCGAGGCCUCAUGUUGUGCAGGGUGGAACCCAUUCAGGUGAUGAGCCUGAACCAUUUAACCUUCAGCACUGGGCAUUUCCCAAGUUGGAUGAGCCGGGAUUAUCUGGCAAGUGUCCAUCUACAGUGUCUGCAAAACUUUUGGCUGCCAAGGAAGGUCAUUUGCCUACAAUUAAAGGAGAAGCUGAUGGUCCCCAGGGAAGCGAUCACAGUGGGCACUCCAAUCUGACAUUGAUCAGCUCCCUGGGCCUGGAGUGCCACCAUGGCAGAUGCUGGGUGCACCGUAUGAUUACAACGCUGGCUUACAUGGAGGGUGGUACAACCAUCCAGCGGCUCCUUACCAUCCUGCAUAUCCCCCACCCCAUCUUGCCUACCAUGGCUCGUAUGCAGAUCCCUGGUGCUUCCCACAUCCCCUCCACCAACAACACAGGGCAUCCAAACUAUGGUGCCCAACAUGCCGCUGUCGCUCAUGGGCCAGGUUACCAUUUUGGCGGUAACGUUCACCAUGACCUCGCACCACCCUGAACGAACUGCCCCCCUCCCUGAUCCCUAAUUCUGCUCACAGUGUACCCACCCCCCUCGUGUCUUGGUGACACUGACAACGUCAAGGUCAUCUGGUGAGUAGUCCGUCAGAUGUCUGUGGAAGAUCCUGCAUCUAGUGGGGUGGCAACAUUUUGAUGUCCGUAUCUUGAUCUAUGUCUUUUUCUAUUUACAAGUCGCAUCUACC